AUGGAACGACUUCUUGUUCUCGCCUGCCUAGUGGCCGUGGUCGUGGCCGACAGCUACAAGACGCCCAUUCCGAUCCUGAAGGACGACCGUACACAGAACGCCUACGGCGAGUACAGCUUCGACUUCGAGACUGGAAACGGCAUCGCCAGGAACGAGGCCGGAAAGCAGGCUGAUGGGCAGGAGUCCUCUGGAGGAUGGAGCUACACCGCUCCUGAAGGCGUCCCCAUCAAGCUGAGCUUCAGCUCCGGCGUGGGCGGUUACCAGCCCGUGGGCGAUCACCUUCCCGUGGCACCCACGCAAGUGCCUCUUCCCUACGAACGCAACGACUACUGA